AUGUACGAUUUUGAUUCUGGUUUGUGGACAACCCUUGACGUCGCUCCACACUGGGGAAUAUAUUGUUCAAGCAGUAGCGUUUCUCUUAAGGGAAACAGUUACUGGUGUGCUACAGAAAGGAGCUCAGAAGGUUGCAAGGAUCGCAUAAUCUGUUUUGAUUUUACAAAAGAAAGAUUUGGGCCGCUUCUGCCUCUGCCAUCAUGCGUUAGGGAUCGUCAAUAUGCAUAUGUACAUUUAUCUUGUGUUAAAGAAGAGAAGAUUGCAGCUUUAUUUUACCACCACUAUGAUUUUGAGUUUGAGAUAUGGAUUACAACUAAGAUCGAGGCCGAAACGGUGUCGUGGAGCAAGUUCUUGCGAAUUGAUUCGGAGCUUGGGAUAAAUUCUCCAGACUGUUUCUUCAUUGACGAGGAGAAGAAAGGCUUCAUGUGUGUUGGUAGAUACUAUGGCUAUGACUCUGAGCCUGGAGAAUGUCCCAAACCAUUUAUUAAGAUCAUUGGAGAGGCUGGAUACUCAAAAGAUUUUGAUCUCGGAGUACCUGCAUACAAAAACAGUUGGCUAGAUAAUGUGUGCUCUUAUGUUCCAAGUUUGGUCCAGAUCAAGAAACUGGCACGAGGCAAAAGGAUAUAA